CCGCCCUCCUUCCAUUGAAAAUGAAUGGGAAGCGGUGUCUUUUGUUUUUCACGCUAGUUAUAUAGGCUAUCUCAAUUGUAGUUUUUUUGUCGAUAUAAUGUUACAGGUAGAGUAGAAUAAUACGAACACGUCGACUUUCAUUCCGCUCAAAAUGUCUAAGCUACAGUUGUUGAACUUGUAUGCUACUGAACGACCAACAGCGGCUGCUGCUCUGGAGAUAGCCGUAGCCAAAGAGACAACCAUAGCAGAGUUGCAUGAAGAAGUCUACCGUUUGAAGGAGGAGAAUGGCCGUCUACGAAGACUGUUGGAUUUGGUUUUCAAGCCAGAGAUAAGGUUACACAGAGCAGAUUCCCACCAGCUCACUCACCUCAUAUCUGAAGAGGUUCCCCCUGAACAGCAGCACUGUGAGCAGGAGUGGAGCCCCAGUCUGAUUCAGGAGGACCCAGUGCCCACACAGAUUAAAGAGGAACAGGAGGAACUACAGACCAGUCAAGAGGAAGAGCAGCUUCAAGGGCCCUUUGAUACCAAAGACUCCAUAUUCACUUCUCCCUUUGUGGAAAGUGACUGUGAUCAGGAGGACUCACCUCAGCCCUCACAUCUACACCAUACCCAAACUCAAACUGUGGAGGACAGAGAGAGGGACUCUCUACUCACCAACACAUCUAUAGAGAUCAAAACAGAACCUGAUGGAGAGGAUUACAGAGUAUCAGAACCAGCCAGUGACACUCAGCCCCUCUCUGCAGUAACUCCAGACUGUUCUGCAGCUCAGAGUGAAAACAAGAAAAGUGAUGAUGAGGUGGAGAGUGGAGGACUACAAUCAGGGUCAAAGACACUCGAAUCAAAGAGAAAACAGACAAAGAAAGGAGAAAGGUUCCAUACCAGUGCUGGAGGCAGUACGGCCACUAUGCUGCCCAAUUUGACAUCCUCUAGGCAAACGUAUGCUGCUCUUAAUUGCAAGGUGAAGCGUACGGUCCGUAUGUGUGGGAAGUGUGAGCCAUGCAGGAGGACUGAGGAAUGUGCUCAGUGUGAUUUCUGUAAAGACAUGAAGAAGUUUGGAGGACCCAGUAAGACCAGACAGAAGUGCAGACUCAGGCAGUGUGACGUCCACGCCCCGGAAAUGCUGCGUGUGAAGGAUGAGGAGUUUGACCUGUGUGGCUUGAGGAGAAGGGAGAGCCUGAGGAGAGGAGGACAUCCGUCUGACGACAGUGAGAAUGAGAUGGAGUGUGAUGAAGCUGCACGCCCAUCACUAUAAAAAUGCACUGAACUAACAGGCAUGGUUGUUGAUGACUCUGAUGUUUAGAUGAACAGAAUGAAAUAGUCUCUAUAAUGCACAGCGCUUAACUCAGACAGCUGUUUGUAGCUGCUGGGAAAGUAUUUCAAAGCCUAAACUUGAUCACUCAGGAUGGAACUUUCCAGUGCUACUGUUUUUGCCAUGUAAUAUUUUAUUAAAAGAAAAACAGACAAACA